CCGAGGAGGCGGGAGUAGGCGGAAUAGCGGUGGGAGAAAAAAACAGAAUGCUGUCACGUCUGUUGGUCCGCGGUUCGCUUCUCGAGUUGGGUGUCUGAGCGAAGCUCCGCGAGUCGGACUUGCACACGGAGAGGACACACGCGCAGCCAUGGCAGAAAACGCCGGCUUGGAGAACCACCGCAUUAAGAGCUUUAAAAACAAGGGCCGGGAUGUCGAGACUAUGCGAAGACAUCGUAACGAAGUAACAGUCGAACUGAGAAAGAACAAGAGGGAUGAGCACCUACUGAAGAAGCGCAACGUUCCACAGGAUGAAAGUCUCGAGGACUCCGACUUAGACGCCGACUUCAAGGGGCAAAAUGUAACGCUAGAUGCCAUCUUACAGAAUGCCACGAGUGACAAUGCAGUAGUACAGCUCAGUGCUGUACAAGCAGCCAGAAAACUACUCUCCAGUGACAGAAACCCUCCGAUCGAUGACUUGAUAAAAUCUGGGAUCCUGCCCAUCCUCGUCAAAUGCCUCGAGAGGGACGACAAUCCCUCGUUGCAGUUCGAGGCUGCCUGGGCUCUGACCAACAUCGCGUCAGGGACCUCUGCACAGACGCAGGCUGUGGUCAAAUCUAAUGCUGUUCCCUUGUUUUUGAGACUGCUCCAUUCCCCUCAUCAGAAUGUGUGUGAACAGGCCGUGUGGGCUCUGGGCAACAUCAUUGGUGAUGGGCCACAGUGUCGAGACUACGUCAUUUCACUGGGUGUGGUCAAACCUCUCUUAUCGUUCAUCAAUCCCUCUAUCCCCAUUACCUUCCUGAGGAACGUCACCUGGGUCAUCGUCAACUUGUGCCGAAACAAAGAUCCACCCCCACCCAUGGAAACCGUACAAGAGAUUCUCCCCGCCCUAUGUGUACUCAUAUACCACACAGACAUAAAUAUUCUUGUAGAUACAGUGUGGGCUUUAUCGUAUCUAACAGAUGGAGGGAAUGAGCAGAUACAAAUGGUCAUAGACUCUGGUGUCGUACCCUUCCUUGUUCCCCUGCUCAGCCACCAAGAAGUCAAAGUUCAGACGGCUGCUCUGAGGGCAGUGGGUAACAUUGUGACGGGGACUGAUGAGCAGACUCAGGUGGUACUCAACUGUGAUGUGCUUUCCCACUUCCCCAAUCUGCUCACACACCCAAAAGAAAAGAUCAAUAAGGAGGCCGUGUGGUUUUUGUCCAACAUCACCGCAGGGAACCAGCAGCAGGUGCAGGCUGUGAUAGAUGCAGGGCUUCUCCCUAUGAUCAUACACCAGCUGGCCAAAGGCGAUUUUGGCACGCAGAAAGAGGCUGCAUGGGCCAUCAGCAACUUAACAAUAAGUGGAAGGAAAGAACAGGUGGAGUACUUGGUGCAGCAGAACGUGAUCCCGCCUUUCUGUAACCUGCUUUCGGUGAAGGACUCGCAGGUGGUACAGGUGGUUCUAGAUGGCCUAAAGAACAUCCUGAUUAUGGCUGGCGAGGAGGCGAGCACCAUCGCUGAGAUUAUCGAGGAGUGCGGAGGACUGGAAAAGAUUGAAAACCUGCAGCAGCAUGAAAACGAGGACAUUUACAAACUAGCGUUUGAAAUCAUCGAUCAGUACUUUUCAGGAGAUGAUAUUGACGAGGACCCGAGUCUGAUCCCUGAAGCCACACAAGGAGGCACGUUCAACUUCGACCCAGCAUCCAACCUCCAAACCAAGGAGUUCAAGUUCUAACAGAGCCGAGUUAUAAUUUGAAUCGGGCGGGAUCUCCUGCUGCUCUCUGUUCCCUGCCGCCCCUCACCACGAUCCAACCAUCACCUAUCAGCCUGCAACUCACUAACCUGACCACAAAACCAAUCAAGAUGCAUAAAAACUACAGGUGUAACUUGCACUGAAGGAUAUGAAUAUCUCUCUCAUGAACGUCACCAGAAGUCGAAGUGAAGUCUAUACAUUUCUUAAGAAGAGGACCAAGACAACCUCUUCAAUCAUACUGCAAUUGCCAAAAGAAAAAAAAAAUUCUGCUGUUUAUCCUCACCUGCACAUGCAAACACACAGACUUAAGUCAUAUAUGUGCAUCAACAUUUCUAGAAACUUCUGAACGUUCUUUUACCAGCCAUCAUAUCAGACAAUUUUGAAGAUAGGAGUGAAAAAAGAUGUACCUGUUAUCCUUUUUUUUUUUUUUGGUUGUUUAUUAUUUCUUUCCUUCUGGCAAAUUUCUCUUACCAGGACAUCACAGCCCAAAGUCAAUGUAGAUUCUAGAGCGCUAGGACAGGCACCCUGCAUUGACAUCCAGCCUCUGCUCUGCUAAGCCAUGUGGAACAUGCUUCCCCUUUCUCCGAUGUGUCUAUGGACUAGUCUGUGGAGCAGUUCAUCCAGCAAGCGGGGUUCUUUUUUUUUUUUUAAUUGUGUGCAAAGCAUGUACGCUAGCACUGAUUCUUCUCUUUCUGUUUUUAUGACGUGAUCAUGGAACUGUGACCUGUAUAUUAAAAGUGGGAAAAUAACACAAAAUACAAAAAAAAAAAAUGCACAAAACAAUACACAUGUACAGUGGCGCCACUUAACCUGCAGCCAUCCCAAAAGAAAAAAAAAGUAUAAUCUUCACGUGUCACCGGUGCCAUGUGAAAAGAGGAACGAGUGGAUUCAUUACACUUAAGGCAUAAAUUCAAGACAUUUUGAGGGAUGCCACUGUCCCUUUUCGAAGUGUUUGUGGAACGACAAAUGAGGUUCUGGAUUUGUUUUUUCUUUUCCAGUAUCACACACUUGAAGAUAAGUAAUUCUUUCAGUAAAAAUAAUUUUUUUUUACAUCUUCAUAACCACAUAAGGUCAACCCAGGACAAACAUCAAAAAGUUGUCAUGUCUCUCCCACUAACACACAAGGAGAGAGUAUAUUUUCUCUAAGUUUAAAAUAAAAGUAGGCUUAACUCAUCAACAAAGAGAACUUUGCAGAAGUUAUUAUGAACUGUGAUUUAUAUUUUGUUUCUUUUCUGUGGUGGAGCUUCCAGAUUUGCAGCUUUGAUUCAGUCUUAUAUGCACACUUUUGUCGUCCCUAUAUAAAUAUUAUUAUUUUGGCAUCUUUGGAAAGCGACAUUCGCUUAAUGUAUUCAUAAGCAAUGGAAGAUGGAGCUCCUGGCUGUUUCUGUUUGGUAGAUUUAUUUGCUACAAAACACAAAUGUUCAAACUUAAAAAAAAAAAAAAAAAAAAAACUUGUGUAAAGUAUGAAACCGAAAAAGCUGCAACACGUUAGACGUUUGACAGGACACUUCUGAACAAUAACAACAACAUUGUGUUACUGAUUCACAGUUAAUUGGGGCCUUUUUUUUUUGUCUUUGUUUUAAAAUGUACUUUUUUUUUUGUGAGGGCAAAUAAUUGUGUUGCAAUGAGCUUUCUAACUGUUGUGAACAGACAGUACAAUACAACUGUAAAGGGAUGUAUUGAAAACAUUUACAUUUGGACUAAUGUAGUGGUGGUUUGGCUGCAGACUACUGAUGAAGAGGAUUUGGCAAAUGGCAGCCCUGGUGUUUUUUGUUUUUUUAAUUAUUCAUUUAUUAUUGAUGAACAAAGGCCUGCAUAGGUGUGAAUAUCAUGAACUUAUGUAGACACUUAUUUAAGAAAAAACGAGCCACUUUAAAGAAUAAAAUUUUUUGUCUUGUAUCAGAAAUGGAUACAAGCUUAUUGCUGGUUGCAAGAUUUUUACUUGCUGAAGAAAAGAUUGAGAAAAAAAAUCAAUGGAAAAAAAAAAACUGCGACAGAUCGCAUUUUGGCCUCCGAUUGUUUGUAUCUUUUUAUAAAUUUUACCAUUUAAACACUCUUUAAGGUGGCUCAUCUGUAUUUUUUUCAACUCCUGUGCAUAUUAAAGAUGAACGAGUUGGAAUUCA